UGUCCUCACAGGCAUGGCGACCUACAGUCGUGUGGGAAGGUUGCGGAGUCUUUAUACACUAAUAAAACAACAACAAAAUAUACGGAGUUUCCAUGGACUGUGGGUAAACAGAUCUACCCGUGGCCCCGUGGUCAGUAAAACAUGGCCACAACUACCCGCGUCGUCAACUAUGUUUGUGAGAAACAUGUUUAUACAAACCCAAGACACUCCGAACCCUAACAGUCUGAAGUUCCUGCCUGGGCGUAUAGUGCUGGACUCGGGGACUAUGGACUUUGCUGCUCCCCGCGAUGCUUACUGUUCUCCGCUGGCCAGACAGCUGUUUAGAAUAGAUGGAGUGAAGAGUGUCUUUUUAGGGCCGGAUUUUAUCACCAUCACAAAGACUAACAGCGACGUCGAGUGGAAGGUGAUCAAACCCGACGUCUUCGCUACCAUUAUGGACUUCUUCACGUCAGGACUCCCCGUUAUCAACGAGGAAGACGCUCCGCGCGCAGACACAGCCCCCUCUGAUGACGAUGACGAGGUUAUCGCUAUGAUCAAAGAGCUACUGGACACUCGCAUCAGGCCCACAGUCCAAGAGGACGGCGGCGAUGUGUUGUAUCGUGGCUUUGAAGACGGAAUCGUGAAACUCAAACUCCAAGGGUCCUGUACCAGUUGCCCCAGCUCCAUCGUCACGCUGAAGAGUGGCAUCCAGAACAUGCUUCAGUUCUACGUCCCGGAGGUUGAAGGAGUAGAGGAGGUGAAGGAUGAGGAUGGGGGGAUUGAACAGAACGCCCAGGGAUGAGUGGGGCCGGUCGACAUCUCGCCUCCUACAGACAUUCCUCUCUCCUCCUCCUUCCCUCUCUCGCGUUAACCUGUAGCCACGCCUCCUUCCCUUAGCCCUGUCGUGUAGCCGAAGGACCGAGCGUUGUAGAAGCUGUUUAACGGUGCGGCUACGAAUCAAACAGAUCGGAAUACUCUUCUUUUAAACGAUAGCUCCUACAGGCUGUAGACGGGAGACGGUCUGACUUUAAAUUACAAAAAGCAUGUCAAGUCCUUUAAACUGUCUGCAGUGUUUUCUAAUAGACUUUUUUUUAGAAAUAUAUUUCUGCCGUUAUCGUUAUCACUGGUGGAUUCUAUGUCAGAUACGCACAAUUUUGAGGAGUCACAUGGCUCAAGCAAUAGCUUAUGAAUAUCGGUAAUGACCCCAAAAUUCACACAAGACAAGUUGAAAUGUAAAUAUGGCAAAUACAACGAAUUAUUAUUUAUAUACCAUAACGGUUUAUUGAAAAUACCUGGGAUUUUUUCGACGGAAAGAGUUAUUCUGUGUGUAACACCAAACGUUACAAACAGUGGUGAAGAUACUGUAUCUGAGGAUUGUCUUCAGCAAUACUAAAGUAAAAAAAACAAAAAAACUUAACCUCUGUUUUGAGUUCUCCACUAGAUGUCGGCUUUGCACUGGUUCCUGUUUGCCUGCAGCACAGCGAGUUUCAUUUGUUUGGACAGAUAUCAGUAUUAUGCGCUUCAGCUAAUUGUAAUAUUUGUUUCCAAUAAGCUGGAACUAUCCCUCGUAAGAGCGCACAAAUUUCGACAGUCUAGUCCAGGGCCACAAAUGAAUGUAAUAUUAAGGAGUUGAUGUGACGGUGCAAUAAAUAAAC